AUGGCCGGAGAGUGCGGCGCUAUCGAUGAGGUGCAGAGACGAUGGCGCUGGCGACCGCCGGCGUGCGCUGCUGUGGAGUCGAAUUUCAAAUGGCCUCUUCCUUCAGUGCGGGUGAUGGCAUCGAACCGCGUCGCCGUCCCGUACGAGAUAACCAUCUCCAUCGCUUCGACGCAGCUGAACGACCCCGUUCAGCGCCGAGGAACAGCUGAAGCGGUAGCUCUUUCCGCAAUAACCUCUCGCCUCUUAGUGCAAAUGCAGAACUUCAGCGAUUAUCGGAUUUCCCCGACACCGCGACUCGGCCCGGAAAUUGGUUUAGCGUGGAGGUUACUGGAUAGUUAG